AGAAGAAGAAGAAGAAGAAGAAAUCUACAAUAAGGGGACACAUGAUGGCCAAGGUGGUGAAGGUAGUGGCUGUGCCUGUGGUGCUGGGAUUUGCUUCUCUGCGCAUCUCUCACAGCAUGAGUGAGGAUAAGCCGGAAGUGCUGCUCUCACCUCAGCAGCUGUCGAUUUACUUAACCCUGCCACAGGAGAGGCUCCGCUAUUCGGAAGAACAGCCAGGACUUCUGCAGAGUAGUCUUAGUAAAUUCAGAUGGAGUCUGCAGUCCUAUGUGCAGAAAAUGAAAAGUGCUUGUGUGUCGGUUAAAGUAACAGCUGUGAACCUCUACUACGGUGGCGCAGACGUGUACCACUUCCUUAAGGACCCUCCGUCUGGAGCCGUGCCUAGGAUUUCUGUAAUUGCAGUGUCUGGCCUCGCUGGUAUGAUUCUUGCAAGAAAAGGGUCGUACCUAAAGAGACUGGGACUACCACUGAGUUUGGCCUCUGCUGGAUUUGCCCUGUGUUACCCUGUACAGACUAUAGCCAUGCUCAAGGUAAGUGGAAAGAAGAUGCAUGCAGCCUCACAGUGGACAACCUCUACUGUUGCAUCUCUGUGGAAACAGGACACACUUCCAGCUGUGCCUGUCGAAGAAAAACUCUCCUCGGCAUCAUCUCUAACUGCUGAGAGCCAACCAGAGAUGCCAUGUUUACAGCUCUCAGGAGUGCUCCAAACUCCCACAGCUGUCCCAGAGACGCAGGAGUGUGAAGCAGAUCUCGACUUAAUGGACUUUGGACAGUCUUACCCAGAAGACGCUGACCUUUACAGCACACGCAGCUGAACAGAGCAC